CAGGGGGAGUUGCGGGGUUUUCGGUAGCAAUGGUAGGAUGUGUUGUCACUUCCUGGCGGGUGUUUUCGCUUUUUUGAAUAUAUAACAGUUGUCCUGUUUGUUAUCAGUAGUACAACACAGCUGCUGGUGCUGCUUUAAAUGACCGCUAACUAAAGGGUCGGAAUUAUCACAUAAAUUCAAUAAAGGUAAGACAGCGGCACACCAUGGAGGCUAUCGCUGCUGCGAGUGAUCAUUCUGUUUCUGCCAUCGGCAGCGAACCGAACGGCAUCCGGUCAAUUACGACGCUGCUCAGGAUAAAGCAGCAGAUGUCAACCCAAUUCUUUGAGAUCGGUAGGCAUACAACAGAAAAAAACAAGGGUGAAUGCAGCCUACCCGAGGCUAAGAGAGACAUGCCAGGUUUGAUCAGUGAGAUCGAAAGAGUCUCAACAGAUUACUUUAACAACACAUUAUUACUUCACAGAAUGCAGUUGUGCCAUGCUAUUGCAAAUAAGCUGGAACACAAUGAUGCUCAGGCUAGUCAAAUAAAAGAGCUCAGCAAACGCUGCAUGGCCAUGUGUUCAAGAAUCAAACACGUUCAAAAUGAGAAUAGAGAUCUGAAAAAUGAAAUUGCAAAAAUACAAAAGGAGAGAUAUGAUCUUUGGCAGAUUACCGCGGAGAAACGGAAAGAGAUAGACGUGAUGUUGAAGGAGGAGUAUCCAGAGGCCAAGCAGUACAAAGCAUGGCUGGCAGAAGUCAAAACAAAUCUGGAGAGUUGCAAAAGGAUGAUCACUUUAACUCAGAAUGUGCUCAGGGGCAUCUUCUUGGCGUUUAAGGUCAACUGGCUGGAUGACCCAAAACUGAAGGACAUUGUCAUGAAUAUGGAAGCCUUUCCUUAUUUAGGGAUUAAGGAAGUGGACUUGGUGUCACAAUAACAAAUCCAGUCAAUUGUAUUUAUCUGUAUAAUUUAUAAUAAAAUCCUACACAGUAAUAUGUUCCACUGAUUUAAUAAAGAUAAUCAUUGCAUCUAAAUUAAUAAUGUUAAUCAACUUUGACAGUGAAACGUGGCUCAGCUAAGCACAGCAUAAGUCUGAUCAACAUAAUUCCCUGAUGUGAAUAUUUUUUGGACGGGGAGGAAAGUUAUGGAGCUAGAACAGUCUCAAAAAGAAUAAAUACUCAAACAGAUUCACAAAUGUACUUGCAUUAUGGAAUAUUUACAAAUAUAUUUUGAAAAUUCACAAAUGCAUUUGGAAUAUUUAUAAAUGUAUUUUGAAAAUUCACAAAUGUAUGCAUGUAAAGAUAA